AUGGCGAGCGCCGUGCGGCCGCUCCUGGCGAAGCUCAAUGCGCACGGACGGUACGCGUACCGCGCGCCCGAGGUGCGCGUGGACCACUUGGUGAUCGGAGCCGGCGUCGUGGGCCUGGCUGUCGCCAAUGCACUCGCGCGCCGCUGGCCGGACAAGACAACCUCGCGCAACAGCGAGGUGAUCCACGCGGGUCUAUACUAUCCCACCGACUCGCUCAAGACGCGGUUCUGCUUGCGUGGGCGCGAUUUGCUGUACGAACGCGCGCGCGCCGCGCCAUCGAUCGGCGUCAAGCAGGUCGGAAAGCUGGUCGUGGGCAGCACGCCGGCCGACGCCAAGUACCUCGAGCAGCUGCAUGCGCACUGUGACGAGCUCGGCGAGCGUGCGCCGCCGGUCACACUCCUCUCGGGCGACGAGGCGCGUGAGCUCGAGCCGAAUCUCUCGCCGAGCAUUUCGCACGCGCUGCACUCGCCGAUUACCGGCAUCGUCAGCGCGCACGAGCUCAUGGCGCAGCUCGAGACCGAGCUCGAUACGCUGCCGGAUGGCACGUCGCCGGAUGCGCAGGUCGUCUACGGCACGUCGGUCGUGCGUAUUGAUCCUCACGCCCCGGUGCAGUCCGCCGACGCGUCGCAGGACGGCUGGGUGGUGCAGACCGUGACGCACGAUGCGGCGCACGCGCAGGAUACCGAUGCGCUCUUAGCGCAGGUCGUGAUCAACACGUCGGGCCUCAACGCCCCGCGUGCGCUCAACGCGCUGGUGGACCAGCUGGGCGGCGGAUCCGACGACAUGAUUCCCAUGUACUUUUCGAAAGGCAGCUACGCGAGCUACCGUGGCCCUGGCGUCGACAAGGUCCGCCAUCUCUUGUACCCCACGCCGAACUUUGGCGGCGGAGGAGGCAAGGGCACGCAUGCGCACCAGUCGCUUGGAACGCACCUCACGCUCGACCUCGAAGGCAACGUCCGCUUCGGCCCCGACGCGCAGUGGCUGAGCCCCCCCGCGCACCUGGACGACACGCCCGACGCCCUCGGCUACGUCCACGACUUUUGGGAGAAGCAGCUGUACCCCGACGCGACCGACGCGUGGUUCGCCGCGAUGCAUGCGGCGAUCCAAAAGUACCUCCCCGGCGUCUCGUGCGACGGGCUGUCGCCCGACUACAGCGGCAUCCGCCCCAAGCUCGUGGGCCCCGACGCCAAGUCCUUUGCCGACUUCCAGAUCCUGUGGCACGCGAGCCGCGACCUGGGCAGCCAGCAGGUCUGGCAGCAUGCGCUGCCCGACACCGCGCGCGCCGGUACGCUCGUCUCGCUGCUCGGCAUCGAGAGCCCCGGGCUGACCUCGUCGCUGGCGCUGGCCGAGCAUGUCGCGGACGAGCUCGCGGCGCGUGUGUGGGGCAAGCACAACCCCCGCGGCAAAGCGCAAAAGUACGUAGAGCAGGUCGGGCACGACAGCCUCGACGGUUGGGCCUAA